AUGGUCGUCCACGUUGAAACCGAUAGAGGAGGUACAGGAAGGAAGAGUUCCGAGAUUUGCCUAGAGCAAGCGUCACAACUUGCCAAGCAGAAAAUUGUUGACAGCCACAGGGUAAGUCCCAAUAAGACGUUUAGCAGUUCACGCAAGCUCCGACGCCUCUCAAAUGGCCAGCUCAUUAUGAUCCACCGUUGGCUGCAGCACCCUGUUUCUCAUCGGCCGGGUCCGAUUCGAAGAAGAAACGUCGAGGGGUGA